UUUCUCCCCUCUCCCUAAACUUCCCAUUUCUCUCUCUCUCUCUCUCUCUCUCUCUCUCUCAAUCGCCGAAACUCAACGAAGAAAGAAAAACUCCAAAUCGAAGCCCGGACAGACAAACGCGAAUCCCCACCACCACUAAACGCAGGGCCAAUUCUCGAAACCCUAACCCUACAGUCUCCCUCGGAUCAUGUGAGAGCAAGCCGCCGGAUUGGUAGUAAGAAGGAAUCGGAGAAAAAAGAGAGAUCAUGACUCGGCGGUGCUCUCAUUGCAGCCACAAUGGCCACAAUUCCCGGACUUGCCCUAACCGUGGCGUCAAGCUGUUCGGCGUCCGUCUGACCGAUGGAUCCAUCCGGAAGAGCGCCAGUAUGGGCAACUUAACCCACUACGCCGCCUCCGCCACUCCGCCCGGCGGCGGCGGCGCUGCGGCGGACGGCCACCACCAUGACUCACCGGACCACACUGCCGAUGGCUAUGCGUCCGAAGAUUUUGUUCCCGGCUCGUCCUCCAGUCGUGAGAGGAAGAAAGGUGUUCCAUGGACUGAAGAGGAACACCGAAUGUUUCUUGUUGGUUUGCAAAAGCUUGGCAAAGGUGAUUGGCGUGGAAUAUCUCGCAACUAUGUAAUAUCCAGAACACCCACACAGGUAGCCAGCCAUGCUCAGAAAUAUUUCAUCAGGCAAAACAACAUGUCAAGGAGAAAAAGACGUUCCAGCUUGUUUGACAUUGUAGCUGAUGAGGCAGCAGAGACUCCAGCAGCAUCACAUGAUUUAUUUGCCGUCAACCCUCCACAAUCCGAGACACAACCUAAGAAUCCAUUGCCUGGACCUCCUCCUCCAGCUUUGGAUGAAGAAUGUGAAUCAAUGGAUUCUACCAACUCUAAUGAUGGCGAACCCGUGCUGCAGAAGCCGGAUAAUUCACAGUGUUGUUACCCAGUUGUAUUUCCAGCCUAUAUUUCUCCAUUCUUACCAUUUUCUGUUCCGAUGUGGCCUGGGCACAGCAUGGAGCCAGCUAUAAUGGAGACACACGAGGUGCUUAAGCCAACGGCAGUACAUUCGAAGAACCCAAUAAACGUGGAUGAGCUCGUUGGAAUGUCAAAACUCAGCUUGCAGGAACCCUUUGGAGAUACAGGGUCCUCCUCUCUCCCGCUUCGAACUCUUGAUGGCUCGAGUCGGCAGUCGGCUUUCCAUGCAGUUUCGCACUAGACUCUGUACCUCGAGAUAAUGGGUUAAGGCUCAAUGCCGGGCGGGGCGGCUCUGAAGAUCCUGUCGAUAGAAGACAAAAAUGUGCAGUAACGUUUAAACUGAGUCCUAUUUGUCUUCGCUGGAUAACGGUAAUAAGUUUUAUAUCUAGGAAUUGUUAACUUAAAAAGUCAGUUACUUAUGUCAACAAAUUGCCUUUUAAGUUUUUUUUUGGAAAAAAGAAUCAACGGUUCGUUUGUUCGUCCCAACUCUAUUCGGUGUUACGUUAACCUAUAGAUGUCAUGCAGUGUAGUUUAGUAGCUGCUACUUAGUUGAUCUCUAAAGUAAAAAUGUCUCAUCAUAAAAUGCGUCAAUGUCGAAAUUCUAUGGGAUUCUUCUGGUGCUGUAGCCUGUAGGUUUGAAAAUAUGUAGUAGAUAAGUCCUUACCAUUCUAAUAUAAGAUAUGAUAUGAUUUUCUGUGUCACUAAA